AUGCCACCAAAGGCGGUUCGUGCUGGCAUGCGGAAGGCGGAUAAGGUGCCGCCCCCAUGUGAUCCAAUAGCCGAGCUCAGCAGCCUGGAGUCGAUCCACGAGGCGCUAAAAAAGGCACAGGAGCUUCGGAAUUACUUUCAAGUGGAGCGCGACAAGGUGAACGAGUUUUGGUCAGUCUCGAAGAAGGAGCUGGAAAACUGCCGGCACGCCAUUCUCAACGCCGAUGCGGAACUGGAGGAGAUGGAGCGUGCGCACCAGGUGGAAAUGAAGGUUUACAAGCAGAAGGUGCGGCACUUGCUCUAUGAGCACAAGAUGAAGGUGAAGCACUGCAAGGAGGAGAGUGACCGCCUGCUGCGGGAGGCGGAGGAGCGGCAUCAGAAGCGUAUGAAUGAGAUCCAAUCCCAGCUGACGCAGCACGACCGGCACUUUGAGGCGGCAAUGGAGAGUCAUGAGAUGCGGAUUGAGGAUCAGCGCGAUUCACAAAAUUACAUGCUGACUGUCACAAAGAAGCAGAAGCACGAGAAGGAUCUGGCACGCCAGACGGCACUUUAUGAGGCAAAACUCAAGACCCUGCGGGACGAAUUGGAGCUGCGACGUCGGGCGGAGAUUCACGAAAUAGAGGAACGCAAAAAUGAACACAUCAACGCUCUCAUCAAACAACACGAGGCGAAGUUUCAGGAGAUGAAGGAGUACUACAACCACAUAACAACCAACAACCUGGAGAUUAUCCAGUCCCUUAAGGAGGAGAUUGCUCAGAUGAAGAAGAACGACGAGCAUAACGAGACGCUCAUGUACGAUAUUGAUUGCGAGAAUCAGAACUUAGUUGCCCCACUGGAGGAGGCGCAGAGAGAGGUUGCAGAGCUGCAACAGAAGCGAAAGCAAUACGAGCAGGACAAGCGGAGUCUUGGCACCACCCGGGCAAAGCUUCGCUCGCUGCGGGAGGAAAUUUGGCGUUUGCGCAAGGAGCACAAGGACCUUGAGGAGCGCUACGCCGAAGUCCACAGGGAGAGGGAGGAACUCAAGGCGAAGUUUGAAUCUGCUCUUCGGCAGGCGAUGGAGGUGGUGGAGGAGCGCAAUGAGGUGCUGCAGCAGAAAUUGGUCGAGUCCCAUGCCCUUGUUGAGGAGCGGGACGCACAGCUUGACGGGGUGUUGCAGGCGAUGAAUCUUGAACCCACUGCCCUUGAGCUAAUUGCGUCCGAGGUGGACUCCACUUUGAAACAGAAGAAUCAGAUGAUCCGAGAUCUUCACUUUGAACUGAAGAAGGGGGAGAAGUUGGUUAACACGACACUUGUGGAGUUAGAGCGGCGCUGCCAGGCGGUGAAUAUCCCGCCGCUUUCCCGGGAACAAUUUCUGACGGCGAGAGUUGUCUGA